AUGGAAGUAGAGAAGAAGAACGCGGUGUCGGUGUACAGUCUCUACCGAAAAUCGACGCUAGGCAUCUGCCUGCAGGAUGCGCUUGAUGAUCUGCAGGAAAGGAACCACAUCGGGGCCGAUCUCGCCCAAAAAGUCCUCGAACAGUUCGACAAGUCGAUGAGCGAAGCGCUUGCCACGCGAGUACGCACUCGCUUCACGUUCAAGGGCCAUCUGCAUACCUAUCGGCUGGUCGACAACGUGUGGACCUUCCUCCUCGAAGACACCACCUUCCGCUCCGACACAGACGUCGUGACUGUGGACCUCGUCAAGAUCGUGGCCUGCGAGGAGCGACAGCCCGGCCAGCCGCCCGGUGCCGGUGCCAAGGCUCUCUGA